AUGAAUAUACUCGAAGAAAUAAAGAAAUAGGUGGAAGUUGAGAUGAAGAAAAUAAAGAAAACAUCACCAUCAGUAGUUAAGAAACCUUUAAAUUUGGAAUAAAAAAAAGAGUUGAUUGACUUGACAAAUCAGGGAAUUUAAUUGAAGGACGCGGCAAAACAACUAUAAAUGGGUUACCAUGAGGCAAAAAUAACUUUAAAUGAGUAUAAAAGGAAGGCCUUAAGUACUUAAAGUGAGACAGAAUCAGCUGUCUAUAAUGUUCGAUUUGCGGGAGUGAGCAACUUGAAGCAAUAUCCCCGUCACUUUAUAUUAUAAUCAUCGGUCAAUAAUAAGUUAGUGUCAGUAAGACGUCUCUACAAUAUUGUGGUAUAGAACCCAUUAUAAUCAUGAUU